UUUCUGUGUGAAGGAAUCUGGACUGUUGGUGAGAAUUUUGUGCUGGACGCAUGUGGUGACGUGCAAUUCGGAACACAUUCAUACGUCGAAACGGAGAAGAUGGAAAUGGUUUCCGGGUCGACGUGCGUUAUUGACGGCUCAUGGCAGAUCGGUACCUGCUGGAUGCUGAUCGAAGCAAAGCUCACUAUUGGUGCUACGGCCAAGCUUUUCGUGGAAGAGUCGGCUACAAUUGGAGCGCAUGGGUUGAUGUGUCAUGGUUUUUGCAAUGUGGUCGAGACGUGCGAUCUACAACUGAAAGACUCUGCUCAUUUCUUCCACUCUUCAAAACUUGAAUGUCACACGUUGAAGUUGGCCUGUGAACUGCAUUGCACGCUGGGAGGUAUAUGGAUUGCGGAUAACAUGAACAUCUACGUUCGUCAUGACCUUAUUACCACCUCGACUGGAAAGGCUGCCGUGUUCACUCAAGCGAAUCUCACUGUUGGAUCUUUCCGGAAUGACUCGCUGUGGCAGGUGGGACAUUAUAACAAUUCAGUCAAUUAUGCU